GGCCGAAUGUUUACAGGGGUGAAUUGUCAGGCACCAAUCAUAUGCCGAUAUAUGUGGGAUCGCGUACAUCACUAAUGUGGACGUGUCUUGCAACUUGAAGAAUAAGCUACAUUGAAGUGAAUCAGACCGAAUUUGCCCAUUAAAUGCUUGAAACCAAGCAGUAUGGCAGAAGCUAAAGCUCCUGAGAACUUCCAGGGAUGGUUGUACAAAUGGACAAAUUACAUCAAAGGCUAUCAGAGACGAUGGUUUGUGCUGUCGAACGAACUCCUCUCUUAUUACAGAAACCAGACAGAGAUGUCCCACACAUGCAGGGGUACCAUCAAUCUGGCCGGAGCCUACAUUGAUACCGAGGACUCGUGUAACUUUGUGAUUUCCAGUGGGGCGCAGACGUUUCAUCUGAAGGCGAGCUCCGAGGUGGAACGCCAGCGAUGGGUCACUGCCCUGGAACUGGCCAAGGCCAAGGCCAUACAGAUGAUGGAGGAGGAUUCUGCUGGGCUGCCAUGGACACUCGUACAGUGGCCUAAAGAUGAUGAUGAAAAGUUGCAUCCUCAAGAGACAGACCACAACGAGGUACAGACCACGCUCCGCCAGCUCACCAGCAAGCUAGAGGACCUCAACACCUGCAACGAUCUGAUCGUGAAGCACGGCGCAGCACUACAGAGGUCGCUCUCCGAGCUAGAGACCACAGAGGACCCCGGGCAGGCCUCGUCCCGCUUGAAGGGCAUCAGCGAGAGGGCGACGUUGUUCCGCAUAACAUCCAACGCCAUGAUCAAUGCAUGUGCAGAUUUCCUUGAGCUGGCGCAGACGCAUGGGCGCAAGUGGCAGAAAGCCAUCCACUAUGAACACACGCAGCGGAUUCGUCUAGAGGAGACCAUCGAAACUCUUGCCAAACAACACAACUCACUAGAGCUUGCUUGCCGCGAAGCCAGCCAGGAUAAGAGUAAAGGAAACUCUGACGAAAGCAAGGAGGAUCACAGCGACGAUGACGAGAACGAGUUCUUUGAUGCCAUAGAGCAAUUUCAGUUCACCACCUCGGUUCAACUGCCAAGAGACAAUUCUAAUCUGCAUCACAGGAGAACGCCCAGUGAGGGGAGUGUGGCAAGCACUGAAGCCAGCAGUGGAGAAGAGAUGCAGCCGGGGGUAGAGGCAGUGGUCCAGAUUAACAAAUUGGAUGAGGGAAACAAUCUACCGAACCGGUUGAAGACACAGCCCAAAGUCGGUCCGAUGGUGAAACAGAGGCGCAAGAAGAUCCCCGAGAAACCAAACCAGAGUCUGAGUCUCUGGAGCAUCAUCAAGAACUGCAUCGGAAAGGAGCUCUCAAGAAUACCAAUGCCAGUCAACUUUAACGAGCCGCUAUCCAUGCUACAGCGGCUGACGGAGGACAUGUUCUACAGCGACCUCCUCAGUAUGGCCGCCCAGUGCGACGACACCUGUGAGGAGAUGGCGUACGUGGCCGCUUUCAUCACAUCGGCGUACGCAGAGACGUCGGUGCGCACGACCAAGCCAUUCAAUCCCCUCCUAGGAGAGACGUUUGAGUGCGACAGGAUGGAUGAUUUAGGGUGGAGAGCAAUAAGUGAACAGGUGAGUCACCAUCCGCCGGCAGCAGCCUUCCAUUUCGAGAGCAAGGACUGGACUCUGUGGAUGGAGACGACCAUCAGCAGCAAGUUCCGCGGAAAGUACCUCCAGAUCUUCCCUCAGGGCACCGCCCACAUCACCUUCAAGAAGUCUGGCAGUCACUACACCUAUACAAGAGUCACUGUCACCGUCCAUAACAUCAUCGUAGGCAAACUAUGGGUAGACCAGUCUGGUGAAUGCGAGCUUCUCAAUCAUACAACCAAAGAUGUCUGUCGACUAAACUUCAAACCAACCAGCUACUUUUCUAGAGAUGUUCCAAGGAAGGUAACUGGUGUAAUCAUGGACAGCAACAAUACAGCCAAAUACGUGUUAUCAGGAACAUGGGAUAAGAAGAUGGAGUACGCGGAGGUGCAGAACAUCACGAUAGAUAAGUCUGGCCGGGGCAAGCCGGUCUAUAACUGCGGCGCAACCAAAGUACUCUGGCAGAGGACCCCACCUAUGCCAAACUGCGAGCUGAUGUACAACUUCAACGAGCUGGCCGUGACGAUGAACGAGCCCGAGGACCACGUGGCGCCCACGGACAGCAGGAACCGACCCGACCAGCGGCUGAUGGAGACGGGAUACUGGGACGAGGCCAACCAGGAGAAACUCAGGCUAGAGGACAAGCAGAGGUCGAAGAGAAAAAAGAGGGAAUCGGAAGCAGCCCUUGCUGCAGAAGCAGGUAAACCGUUUGAAGGCUACCGGCCAGUGUGGUUCGAGCGACGAAUGGACCAGCUCACAAAAUCCAUGGCGUAUCAAUAUAGAGGGGAGUACUGGAAUAAUAAGGACAAGCAGGAAUGGAACAUUUGCCCUGAUAUAUUUUGAUGUGAACUCCGACGAAAGUCUCUCCUUUUGUCUCCGUCUGCGUAUUUUUCUUCCCGUUCACAAAACGACCAGUGGAUUUUCAGCUGCAGAGAUGCGUGGUUCUCCUUUUUUGUGUAGCGGCAGAAAACUACUUGAGCGUCUCGAGCAGUGGAUGGUGCGGUCCAGGGGAUCUUUGCAAAGGAGGAUCAGAAUUCUAGCUUUUUGACAGCAACAUGGAAUCCACAUUCUUUGAGAGGCAUAUUUAUGAAAACUUGUGAGAUGAUUAUGAGCAUUGCACUCAGAAUAAAAGGAAUAUAUUAGAACAAUUAGAUGGAGAGCUUAUAUCAUUGGAGUACAACUGUUAAGAGUAAAGGUUAUGCUAAAGGUGUAUUGGAUUUAGAAGGAGUAUAAAGAUAUGAAGAUUGUUAAUGUUCGUAUGGAGAUUUUUCUCAGAGACUCUACGAUGUGAACUUAUGUGAUUAUAUUAUCUGGAUGUGGAUAGAAGCAGCUUUGGAUUUGUGAGUUACUCCUAAGGAGGUAGGGGAUGUAUAUGACGAAAAACUUUCCGACGGACGGUCUCGAUAUGAGGGUCGUUCCACUUUUAUCCUUCCUUCGGUGUGAGAGAUUAACUUUGAUUAAUCUGAAAUAAACGAAAGAUUAUAUAUGAUAAUGUUUGUUUGUCUGUGUGAACAUGGAGAUGCUUACCGGGCAGCCGUUUUAGGCGCGUACUUUUUCGCAAAGCUCGGUGAGUAUCGACUGUACGAUGAAGAAAAAAAAAAACUAACGACACCAAAUCAUUAUCUCUUCUAUAAGAUGUAACUUCCCUGUAUAACUUUUGGCAUAGCCAUGCACAGGGAGUUUUAGAAGUUUAUAGAUAGUUAAUUAUCUGUUAUGUAGUGGAAGGUUGAAGUAUGAUGUUUGUCCCGAUCUUUUUGAUAUAGGUAUAAUUCCCUUGCAGUGUUUUAAGUCUUAUCUCUAAUAUCCCAACAUAAGUAUUCAUAUUGAAUUCUGCCCCAUUGACAUAUAUGAAACUAUUUCUAUUUACUAUUGCAAUUCCAUUUUGUAAUAUCAAUUUGUGACACAAUCUAUAGUACAAUCCAUUUUUUGCUGUAUUAUCUAUUCUCGCACCCCUUUGAAUGUUGUUAUAUUUAAAAUUAGUAUAUUGAUUCUGUAACUCAGUUUCAAGAAAUGUACAAGUCUGGAUCAUAAAAUUCCCUAGCUCGCAUAUUCAUUAUUAUUUGUUCUUUUUGGUUAUGGCAAUAGUUGGAGUAAGAUAGCAACGGCUUUGUUAUUGUGGGUGGAAAUGAAUCGGAAAAGCUUAUGGCUUACUACAGAGAAAGAGAGAGAAAGAAAGAGAGAUGUACAUGUGUAUGUUGCCACAGGUAUACUCAAAGUAUGAAUAAAUAGUGUGUGAGAAAACAGCGUGAUCUGCCUGCAUGUUGUUUCUCUCUCUCUCUCUCUCUCUCUCUCUCUCUCUCUCCCUCUCUCUCUCUCUCUCUCUUUCUCAUUCUCUCUCUUGUUCCCCUAUGCUCUGUGUCAUCGAACUUCCAUCUCUCUAUUUUACUCUGUUUAUCUCACUCCUGACUGUAUUUGUGUGUUUAUUUCUCUAUUUGUCAAUGUCUGUUUUUAUCUAUAACUAGAACCCAUCUCUCUCUUUCUCUCUAUCUCUCUCAGUUGCAUAGUGACAUCUUAUGUGGGUGAUGAAGGCAAAAUAUGUUGCUUAUGAAUAAUUUGAUACUUUUCCCUGUAUGCUAGCAUAUUUAUGUCAAAUACUAUUCCACUUAUAUGUAUGCUUCAAAAAUAAAAUUUUGUGCUGCCUAUAUUCAUACACUCUUUUGCAGCAUAUUUAUGCUUUAUAGUAUACUUUCAUGUUUUCCUCUGUCUCUUUAUCUCUCUCUCUCUCUCUCUCUCUCUAUCUCUCUUUCUGGAUUUUCUCAUAGCAUAUAAAAUAUUUAUCAGAGGGCAAAUUUCUGAAAUCUUGUUCCCAGAAUAUUCUUUAUAGCUUUAAUGAUGGAUUCUAGAUAAGACUAAUGAUUUAUAUUAGUGUGCAAUUUGUAUUUGUAUCGAUACAUGUAGCUGCAAGUUGUAUUUGUGAAGUACAAAAGGGGAUUGAAAUUUCCUUAUGAGAUAAAGGUAAAUUCAAGUGUAUCUAGAGAAAUAGUUGGUCAAAAAAAUUAAUGUAUUGAUCAGAUAUUAAACAGUACAUCACUCUGUGGUGAAGUUCCAAAUUUUGAAUAAAAUAUGUUUGUCUCAAUA